AUGGCCCAUCUCCAAACCGACAUCCCCCGAGACAUCGACGGCCUCCUCCCACCCGGCGGCGGCGGCAGCCUUCGCAUCGCCUACGCCAAGCAUCUCCUGCGGGAAUACCUGGAAGAAGAGCACGCCAAAAAGCACGGCUGGUCCAAGGAAGAAGACCGCGGUCUCAAGCCCAUCUUCCGCCAUGUCCCAUCAUCUCUAGAUGAUAUCGAGGAGAGCGAUGGUCUUCUUUCUGGCGACGGAGAACCACCCGUCAAGGGCAAGAUUUGCAUCGUGGGUGCUGGUGUGGCUGGCUUGUUCACUGCGCUGAUGCUCAAGAUGAGUGGCAUCUAUAACUUCGAUGUUGUCGAGGCCUCGGAGAGAGUCGGUGGAAGAUUGUACACGCAUUGGUUCUCGGAUAGGAAGAACCCGGAUUCGGAGCAUGAUUAUUAUGAUAUUGGGGCGAUGAGGAUCCCGGAUAUCCAGACCAUGAGUGCUCUCGACCUCAUCAGCUUUCUCCAGCUUGAUCACAAAAAGGCGGAAUACAACUAUACGGAAAAAAACAGCGGCACACCCAACGAGAUUCCAGUCCCCAAUAUGUGGUGGUAUAAGAACCAGACACCCGAUGGAAGCAAAUUCGACGCUGCGGUCAAACGUGUCAUUGAAAGCUUUACCCACGCUCAAAGCUUUGACAUCGCUUUCAAGAAGUUCAUGGACGGAUCCAAUGAUUACUACUCUACCCGCGCAUGGCUUAUGCUUCAAGCUGAUCCCAAACUGACUUACGAGGAGACGACGAUGGGCGAGGCAUCCGACACGUCUACCGGACUCUUCGACCAAGCUUUCACCGAGACCAUCUGCGACUAUUGUGACUUUGCGGCGGCCAAACACGCCAAAUGGUGGCGUCUCGAUGGCGGCAUGCAUCAGAUCACCGAGCGCAUGAAGGAACUAAUCGAGAUGCCCAACUGGCCCGAGGGAUCUGGAGCCCCCGGAAUCAAGAUCAUCACCUCCCGCCCCGUAACCGCCAUGUCCGAAACCGCCGACAAGUCCGCCAUCAGCGUGACUACCACCGGCCCCAAGGGAGAGUCCCCAUCCACAACCGACUACAGCACCGUCUUUUCCACCACUGCCAUGGCUCCCCUCCGGCGCAUCGACAUCGAAGGCCUACAACUUUCAGACAAGGUUCUAACCGGCAUCCGCUCGCUCAGCUACGACCGCGCCACCAAGGUAGCCAUCAAGUUUGCCUCGCCAUGGUGGACUCUCGUAGGCGGCGUCUCGUCCACGGACCUUCCUAUAUCCAACGUCGUCUACCCUUCCUGGAACGACGGACCCGACAAGCCGGCCGUGCUGAUGGUCUCGUACUCCUGGGCGCAAGACGCCACGCGCAUGGGCGCUCUGGUACCCGAUUACACCAAGACCGACCCUUCAAUCGACGACGAGGUCGUCUCCGUCUGUCUUCACGCCCUAGUCAAGCUCUUCUCCAAAGCCGACCCCAAGACCAUUGCCGCCAACGUCCCUGUGCCCAUCACGCUCGACUUUCUUAAGCAGCAGUACGUCACGCACCACGCCUUCGCCUGGUCUCACGACCCCUUGCAGGGCGGCGCCUUUGCGCUCUUUGGCCCAGGGCAGUUCAAGGACUUUUAUCCUGAGUUCCAGAAGGUGCACUGCAACGGCAAGUUUUUCAUGAGCGGCGAGGCGUUGAGCACGCACCAUGCUUGGAUCAGCGGGGCGGUGGAUAGUGCGUACAUGAGCUUUUUGACGUUUUCGACCGUGUAUAACCUGGAGAGGCAGAUGGUCAAGGUAAAGGCGAGUAAUUUGGUCGGCGAAAGGGGGGAGAAUCCGGAGGAGGUGGACGAGUUCUUGUUGAAGUGGGCGGCGAAGCUGAGUAAGGGCGUUAAAGUCCGGGGGGAUAAUGAUUGGGCUGGUCGUUCACAUUGGAAGAAUGCCCCUGGGGAUGAAAAUGCGAAGGAGGGGUUGGAUGAGGAUUGGUGUGACUGCUGCUAG